AUGGCCCAAAGCACAGUGUCCAAGCUUGAAAAUUUCCGGGUCCCAGGGACAGAGGCUCUGGAAGCCCGCUUAAUGAAGUACCUAGAAGGCGAUAAAUAUACAUGGCUCCGAGAGAACUGGAUACCUAAGUUUCUUCAUUUGGCCGGGUCAAAGGAACCCGCUGUUGGCAUUGCCUGGAUCAUUUGUGGAACAUUGGCCCAACUAAACAGAGAAGGUUCGCAUAUGAAGGAAAAGCCUCUAACGCCUGAUACUCUCGGCAAGAUGUACGCUACUCAGGAUCUGAAGCUUUUUGGCGUCUUCUUCGAAAGCAAGGAAGUUGCAGAGAAGGCCUGGAAGCAGCUACCACCGUGGAUGCCAGGCAAGUUAAUGACGUCGGCCGACCUAGCAUCCGCAGUUCUCGCGCCUAUGAAAGCCGAGGUGACUUUUACGUCCAGAUACAGCAUCACAGCCUGGCGUCCGGAGAAGGAACUCAAACAUAAGGAAUCAAGCACGUUCCAUGGCUCCUCGUCAUGUGGACGUCCUCGGUCUGGUCUAUCUACCGCUCCAUUGAAUCAACUUUCCUCUUUCCCUUCUCUUAACAGUACAUCCUUUGGCAUUGUGAAUCCCUCCGAAGACGAGGGACCAAACAUAGUUGAUGGCUCCUCGUCAUGUGGACCUCCUGCGUCUGGUCCAUCUACCGCUCCAUAUGGUCAAGCUUCCCCUUUCCCUUCUAUCAACAAUACAUCCUUUGGCAUUGUGAAUUACUCCGAAGACGAGGGACCAAACACAGUUGAUGGCUCCUCGUCAUGUGGACCUCCUGCGUCUGGUCCAUCUACCGCUCCAUAUGGUCAGCCUUCCCCUUUCCCUUCUAUCAACAAUACAUCCUUUGGCAUUGUGCGUCACUCCGACGACGAGGAAUCAAGCACUUCCAGUCGUCCCAAUCCUGGGGGACCAGCCGCAGUCUAUCAUUGGCAGGAAUCUGUACCUCCUGGGCUUGGUCUGUUUCCUUUUUCAUCUGGUUCACUUCCCUUGGUAUAUACCAAUCCCUAUGAAUGUGGUCUUCCCUCUCCAUUUGCUGCUCUACCCUCUUCCACUUCUCCUGGCGUUACAUCCUAUGCCGAUACGGAGAAAGCCAAAGACGAGCCAUCGGGCACUUCCAAUCGUUCCGAACGUCCCUGGGCUAACUUUAGUGUUCCCAUGGAGGGGGAGCCGCUGGUGGAUGACGACGGCGUUGUCUUUGAAACCCCCGGCUUCCGAAACCGCGGAGCAGCCAAAGGGAAUAAGUGUGAUGGGGAGGAAGAAACCUAA